AUGUUAAACGCGGAAGAUUACUAAGGUUAGUCAAAGGCAAAUGAAUAUGACAAAUUCUAAGGAGAGAUUGAUUACGAGGAUGCUUGGGCAGUAAUUCGUGCCUAUUUCAAGUAGCAUGGUCUGGUUUCACAGUAAAUCUCCUCAUUUAAUCGUUUCCUUGAAAUGAAUGUACAAGAAAUUGUAAAGGAACACAAAAGUAACAGAAUCAAAGUAGAACCACAAUUUAUGCCUAGAGGUAGAAACGAUAGAUAAGACGAGGAGAAUAUUUUCUAUGAUAUUAUUUUCGAUCAGGUGCAUGUAAACAAUUCUCCAAGAAUACAAGAAUCAGAUGAAAGCUACUCUGCAGUGUUUCCUCAUGAGGCAAGAAUUAGAAAUUUAACAUAUGCUACUGAAAUUUAUGUAGAUGUGAGGCUACAAAAGCUUAAAUAGAUACCUAUUGAUAGAUCUGGAUUAACAGAUGGAGAGAAGAGAGAACCAAAAUUUAUUGUGCUUGAAGAACAAAAGCCAAUAUAAGCAUUCCUUGGUAAGGUACCAGUAAUGGUUAGAUCUAAAUUUUGUCACUUGAGAGGCCUAGAUGAUACCUAAAUUGUUAGAAAUGCAAAAGAGUGUUUAUACGAUUAAGGAGGGUACUUUAUUAUCAAUGGAGGAGAGAAAGUUAUUAUAGCUUAAGAGAGAAUGGCUAAUAAUAUUGUUCUAGUCUUUCAUAGAAAGCCUCCCGCCAAAUUCAAUUGGAUGGCAGAAAUUAGAUCACAAGCUGAGAAUUCAAAUAAACCACCUCAGCAAUUUACUGUUGCACUAUAAUCAAAGGGAAGUAAUAGAAACUAUGCAAAAUGUAUUUAUGCAACUUUACCUGCUAUCAGAGAACCAAUUCCUGUCGCUAUUCUAAUGAGAGCACUUGGUUGCGUCAGUGACAAAUAAAUUAUUAAUAAAAUUUGCUAUGAUCCAAAUGAUGCUGAGAUGUGUGAGGUAUUAAAACCAUCUUUAGAAGAAGCUAUGGCUUAUACUGACGAAGAAGAAGCUUUGGAUUAUAUUUCAAAAAGAGGUAGUGGCGCAUAGUAUAGAAGGGAAAUAAGAAUCUCAUACGCAUUGAAAAUAUUAGAGUCUGAAUUUUUACCUCAUAUUUCAGUCACUUCAGAGGGUUUGUAUAAGAAGUCAUAUUUUGUUGGAUAUAUGGUUAAUAGACUAAUUCAAGCAUCAUUAGGAAGGACCACAGAAGAUGAUAGAGAUUAUUAUGGUAAAAAGAGACUUGAUAUGGCUGGAACCUUAUUGAGUGGCCUGUUCAGAUAAUAAUUUAGACAAUGUGUUGAUGAUAUGAUUAAGUAUCUCAAAAGAGAUAUUGACAAUGGAAAGGAUUGUAUCAACCUAACUUAGGCAAUUAAAAGUGAUACAAUAACCAGGGGAUUGAAGAGUGCCUUAGCUACAGGAAACUGGGGUAAAGAUAAAUAAGGAGAUGUUCAAAAGACUGGAGUUGCUUAAGUAUUAAAUAGAUUAACUUUUGCUUCAUCAUUGUCUCAUUUAAGAAGACUUAACACACCUUUGGCAAAAUCAGGUAAAUUGACAAAACCUCGUUAAUUACAUAAUUCUCAUUGGGGUAUGGUUUGCCCAGCAGAAACUCCAGAGGGUUAAGCUUGUGGAUUGGUUAAAAAUCUUUCAUUAAUGGCCUUAGUGUCUGUUGGAUCUCCGAAUAAGACUUUGAUUGAAAUCUUAGAGGAUUUUGGAGUCGAAGAUUUAAGCUCUUUAGAUCCAGAGAUUCUUUAAUAAAAAGGUCUGUGUAAAGUUUUCGUAAAUGGUAAUUGGAUAGGAUGUCACAGAAAUGCGAAUGAUCUGGUUGAUACAAUCAAGGAAAUGAGAAGAACUUACACUAUACCAAAAGAAAUUUCAAUUGUUAGAGAUAUAUAUACUAAGGAAAUAAAGUUCUUUACUGAUUCUGGUAGGGUGCAAAGACCACUAUUUAUUGUUGAAAAUUCAAGGCUUAAAAUUAAGAAAAUGCACAUUCCUCAAUUGAUUAGAAGUAUUAAAAAUUUUGAGGAUUUACUCUAAGAGGGACUAUGCGAGUUUUUGGAUGUUGAAGAGGAAGAGACUGUUAUGAUUGCUAUGACUUUAGAAGAUCUGAAGGGAGAAAAGGCCCUUAAAUAUUCCUAUACUCAUUGUGAGAUUCAUCCAUCUAUGAUUCUUGGUGUUUGUGCCAGUAUCAUUCCAUUUCCAGAUCACAAUUAAUCUCCAAGAAAUACUUAUUAGAGCGCUAUGGGAAAGUAAGCUAUGGGAGUGUAUACUAGCAAUUACUAAAUGAGAAUGGAUACUUUAGCACAUGUUCUUUACUAUCCAUAAAAACCUUUGGUUGCUACAAAAUCAAUGGAGUUCUUACAUUUCAAGGAACUUUCCUCUGGUUUAAAUGCCACUAUUGCUAUUGCUUGCUAUACUGGCUAUAACCAAGAAGAUUCUAUCAUGUUAAAUCAGAGUGCAAUAGACAGAGGAUUCUUUAGAUCUGUUUUCUUCAGAACCUAUGAUGAUUGUUCUAAGUAAGAUGAAACAUUUGCAAUCCCAGAUUUUGCAAAAACAUCCGGAAGAAAGCAUGGAGAUUAUGAUAAGCUUGAUAUUGAUGGUUUGAUCAAUCCAGGCGUACUAGUCAGUGGUGAUGACAUCAUCAUUGGAAAGAUAGCUAAAAUGUCUUAAAAUACUUUUAAUGAUGACCUCAAAGACUAGACAAACAAGAAGUUCAAGGAUUGUUCUGUCCCAUUGAAACAUUCAGAGUCUGGUAUUAUCGAUCAAGUUAUUUUAACAACUAAUGAUGAAGCUUAAAAGUUUACUAAAGUAAAGAUGAGAGCAGUAAGAAUUCCAUAAAUUGGAGAUAAAUUCGCCAGUAGACAUGGACAAAAGGGUACUUGCGGAAUGACUUACAGGCAAGAAGAUUUACCUUUUACAAGGGAAGGAAUCGUUCCAGAUAUGAUCGUAAAUCCACAUGCUAUUCCCUCAAGAAUGACUAUUGGUCACUUGAUCGAGUGUCUUUUAUCAAAAGUAGCAGCUUUGAAUGGAUCAGAAGGUGAUGCCACUCCAUUUUGCGGUUAAAAAGUGGAUGAUAUUUCGGCUUUGCUUCAUUCACUUGGUUAUCAAAGAUAUGGAAACGAGGUAAUGUAUAAUGGAUUCACAGGAAAGAAGUUUGAAGUCAUGAUCUUUUUAGGACCUACCUUCUAUCAAAGACUAAAACAUAUGGUCGGAGACAAGAUUCACUCAAGAGGCAGAGGACCAACUUAAAUUUUGACAAGACAGCCAACAGAAGGUAGAUCAAGAGAUGGAGGUUUAAGAUUUGGAGAGAUGGAAAGAGAUUGUAUGAUUUCCCAUGGUGCAGCUAGAUUCUUAAAAGAAAGACUCUUCGAUGUCUCAGAUUGCUAUAGAGUGCAUAUAUGCCAGACAUGCGGCCUUAUAUGCUAAGCGAACUUAGCUGAAUAGAGAUAUGAAUGCAAUAAUUGCUAAAACACUUCAAAUAUUUGUCAAGUAAAGAUUCCUUAUGCAGCUAAGCUUUUAAUCCAAGAAUUAAUGGCAAUGUAGCUCGCUCCGAGACUCAGAACAUCGAUUAUAGACUGA